CUUUAUUUGUUCGUAUUUCUUUUUUUCUAAAUUAUUUAUGGCCGCCAUUCACUGAGGUCUUUAGAUAAUAAGCGACUUCUGUACAAACUUCACAGAACUCAAAUAUAAACCACCAAUUCUUUCUCUCUCUCUCUCUCCUCUCUCUCUCUCUCUAAAAUGGCGCAUAGUUUCUCCUACGCUUCCAUUCCUCAGGGCCUCACCGCCCAACCCCAACACCAACACCACCUCAGUUUCCCGCCAAACCCUCCUCACAACGUCUACAGAUUUCGUUGCAGAGCAGAAAACCGAACAACUAACUCCCCAACCGACAAAGAAUCUCAACCUCAAAACGCACUGCUUAAGGUGGCCUGGUACAGCUCCGAGCUUCUUGGAAUUGCCACGUCGUUUUUUCGGCCACCGUCUGCUUCCGAACCUCCUCCUGGUCCCGCCCUCGAGCUUGGAAGAGACGGGUCGGGAGCGGUUGAUCGUGCGGUGGUAGUUAAAUCCAUCAAAGAAGACUUUGAGAGAUCAUACUUUGUCACAGGGAACCUUAGGCUUGAUGCAUAUGAGGAGGAUUGUGAGUUUGCUGAUCCAGCAACUUCGUUCAGAGGCCUGCAGCGUUUCAAGAGGAACUGCACAAAUUUUGGAUCACUUUUAGUCAAGUCAAAUAUGAAGCUCAUGAAGUGGGAAGAUUUUGAGAAUAAAGGAAUUGGUCACUGGAGAUUUAGUUGUAUCUUGACAUUCCCUUGGAGGCCCAUUCUAUCUGCGAGUGGAUACACAGAGUAUUACUUUGAUGAAGUGUCAGGAAAAGUGUGCAGGCAUGUAGAGCACUGGAAUGUUCCUAAAAUGGUUCUACUGAAGCAAAUUCUAAAGCCGAGUCGUAGGUUUUGGCCUAAGAAAUCAGGUGGUUGAAGGUGAUUAGUAUUGCUAAUUGUGGAAAAUUACGAUUACAUUGAAUCAUACUCCAAACAUGGAAAGGGAGGUCAUGACUGACAAGCUAUGGCCAAUUUCUCAAAAUUAUGAUCAGCACUUUGAUGGUUUAUGUGCUGGUAACUUAAUUUUAAGGAUAACUGCACGCAUAUUAAAAAAUCGAUAGCUGUAUCCUUGGUUCGACAGCCUUCAUCGAACUACAAGCAUGUGAGUGGGAGCGAAAUCUAUCUGAGAUUGCAUGACAAGAGUGUACUUUGUAUGAUUCACUCAUUUAAUAAAGUUAUACACAAUUAUGUUUGUAUUCGUCAACAAUAUCAUAAAUUACUUGUAUGAAAUGAGUUCAUUACUAUUAA